ACCCGUCACCCAUACGUAAACGUUUAAUUUAAAAACUCAAACAAACUCGAUACCGUAUUUAUUUUCAUCAAAUUUUAUAAAAAUACAAAGUCUAUCAUUAUUUUUCUCAUAUGUAAUUAAACUUAACUGUGUUUGUGAAACAUUUUUAACGUAUGUUUUAACCUCGUCCUAAAUCCAAACUCCAAAGCCUUUGGCCAAUAGUUAUGUCGGCAUUUAGAGCUCUUGCUGAAAUAAGCUGUGAUUUCGAGAAUGAUUUGCGUCGUGCCUCCGCUGAGCUGUUCUCGGCUAAAGCCAUUGCACCUACUGAAGAUAUACUUGCAAAGAAAAUGCAAGAUCUUUGUAUAUUUGCCUCCAAAUACAAACUAUUGCAGGCGAAGACUCUAGCAAUGACACCACAGGUUAAAGAACAGGAAAAGAAUGAGGAGCUGACCAUGGGUGCGUAUGGAGAUGCAGCAACCUGGGCCAUCAUUGAGCAGCAAGCCACAAAAACCAUCAUGCAAGCUCAUGUGGUCAGAAAAGUUUUACGAACCCCAGACAAUAAACUACACCCAGAAAUUGUUGAGACAAAGAAAAAAGUUAUAGAUAUACUUGACAAGCACAGAGAAGCGGAAUCUGACCUGCAUGAUCUGGAGAGCAUACUCAAAGAGAGGGAGAUGAAACUAUUGGAGGCUAGAGAGAAAUGGGAUGAAACUUGUAAUAAACUGAGAGAGAGAAAACAAACGCCCCAGAACGCAGAGGUUACCACGGGGCCGUUGUACAAAAAACUACAAGACCUGGUUGACAAGAUGGAGCUGAUGAGGUGGUUAAUCACCAAGCUGGUGACGGCAAGGACUGAUGACUAUGACUGGAUCUCCGACCCACACGACCGGUUGAAGGCAUUGACGAUGGCUAGACAGAGGCACAGCAUCGAAAACUACACUGAAAUGUAGUAAAGAGGAGUGCUUAGAAUGUUUCGGAAAAAAUAAUUGUAAGUUUUUUAAUAUAUUAUUAUUGUAAGGCUGAUUUUAAUGAAAUUAUAAUAAAACACCA